ACACCACCCUACCCUUCAUCCGACUGAGAUUUGGACCGACUUGGGAAAGCUUUAAAAUCACCUCUCUCUCUCUCUCUCUCUCUCUCUCAUAUUGUUUGCCAUGGAAGAAGAAAGUAGUUAGUGGAGGAUUUAAGAAAAAUAGUUGAGAGAGACUAUUCUCCUUCCACCAAAAGCCAAACCAGUUUCUUGAAGACAAAACCAUCUCACCAAACCCCAAUUAAACAAAGCAAAGCUUAAUUCAACUAAUCCACCUCGCCGGAAAGGACCUCUGUUCUACUCCGAAAACGGAGCAAUGAAAAGCCGUAAAAACAACAAUCUCUCAGUAUUUGUUGUGGUCUUUUCGGUGUUCCUUUUUGGGGUCUUCAUGUACAAUGAAGACGUGAAGUCCAUUGCUGACUUUCCAUUCUCACGGUCCAAGCAACAAGAAAUCCAAGAAGAGCCAUCCAAACUAACAACCCCUUUUCAAGAAACUACCAAGAAGGGCAUAAAAAGUGAAGUUUCGUUUUCGGUAAAGUCAAGAACUAAACUAGUAGAAUCCCAGGAAGAGAAUUCCGAGGAAAAACAAGAACCGGUGGAUUUGAAAUCGAUUCUAGCAAAGGAAGAGGAGCAAAAGAUCGAAUUGCCGGUUGUUGAGGAAGAUGAUGAAGAUGUUGAAUUGCCUCCAGAAGAGUGUGAUUUGUUCACAGGAGAGUGGGUUUUCGAUAACGCGACCCAUCCUUUGUACAAAGAAGAUGAAUGUGAAUUUCUGACGGCGCAAGUGACUUGCAUGAGGAAUGGGAGAAAGGAUUUCCAAUACCAGAAUUGGAAAUGGCAACCAAGAGAUUGUUCUUUGCCAAAGUUCAAAGCCAGAUUGCUGCUUGACAAGCUAAGGGGAAAGAGGCUUAUGUUUGUAGGAGAUUCAUUGAAUAGGAAUCAGUGGGAGUCUAUGGUUUGUUUGGUUCAAUCUGUCGUUCCUCCAGGCAGGAAGAGCUUGAACAAAUCAGGCUCUCUUUCUGUUUUCCGAAUUGAGGACUAUAACGCUACAGUGGAGUUCUAUUGGGCCCCGUUUUUAGUGGAGUCAAAUUCAGAUGAUCCCAAUAUGCACAGCAUAUUGAAUCGUAUAAUCAUGCCUGAAUCAAUCAACAAGCAUGGAGUUAAUUGGAAGGACGUAGACUACCUGAUCUUUAACACAUAUAUAUGGUGGAUGAACACUUUCGCUAUGAAAGUCCUUCGAGGAUCGUUCGAUGAGGGAUCCACGGAGUACGAUGAGAUCGAUCGGCCUGUAGCAUACGGGAGAGUUUUGAAGACAUGGGCUGACUGGGUGGAUGGAAAUAUAAAUCCAAAUCGAACCACCGUCUUCUUCAGCAGUAUGUCUCCUCUUCAUAUCAAGAGCGAGGAUUGGAACAACCCAGACGGCAUAAAGUGUGCUAAGGAGACUACCCCAGUUAUGAACAUGUCCACCCCAUUGGAGGUAGGCACUGAUCGAAGGCUCCUUGUCAUCGCCAGCAAUGUAACACAUUCAAUGAGAUUGCCGGUCCACUUCAUAAACAUCACCACCCUCUCUGAGUAUAGAAAAGAUGCACAUACCUCCGUCCACACCAUCCGUCGAGGCAAAAUGUUAACACCGGAACAACAGGCUGACCCAGCCACCUACGCGGAUUGUAUCCAUUGGUGUCUUCCCGGAUUACCCGACACUUGGAACGAGUUCCUUUACACACGUAUCAUCUCAAAAUCUUGACACGCGAUUUAUUUUUGUUUCUCGGUUCACUUGCCACCUGUUAUGUCUCUCGUGUAAGCUCAUGUAAUUCUCCUUCAAUUUUCUCCUGUAGCCGUCUUAUAGCUUGGUUUCUGGGGUUGAGCCAUUGAGUUUUUCUGGGUUCUACCCAUUUAAGAGAGGUGGGCCAUGCCAAAUUUGUGCCAAGUAGGCGAAGGACGCCUAAGUCCACAAAAGGGGCAACUUAACGCACGCAUCUGAAUUGUUCAAUGCAUACUUGGAGAAGAAAAUAAAACUACAAAUUGUACGUUA